UUAAAUCAGAAAAUUGUACGUUGGUUUUGGGGUUCUCUCAUCAGUCGUCACUCCCACUCCCCCAGGGUUUAACCUUCGCCCCUCCGCCCCUCCGCCAUGGCCGUGCUCAGACCCACAGCCCUGAAGCAACAGUCACUAUAAACCCCUCUGAACUUUGGUUUUAGCCCAAAACUUCUCAAAACGGCUCCUUCUAUAAGCCACUCCGGGGGCAAGCUGGGCAGAGUUGCAGCGAUGAUCACUUUGGGGGCCUCCACUUCCCAAGCCUCUUCGUUGAUUACUCAAUGGCCCUCCUAUUUCUUUCUAUGGCGGUCUAACUCUGUUUCUAAUUCUUCUAUUUCCAUUUGCGCCUCCUCCAAGAGGCUCUACAGGGCUGAAUUUAGUUCUCUGAAGAGUGUUCGCAGCGCUUCUCCAAAUGUGAAUAUGUUUCAUGCUUCCUUGCAGUGUCGACAAAGUUCUUUCUUGUGCACCAAUUCAUUUUUUGAAACUAGACAACAUGACAAGGAGAGGGCGUUUCUGUCUGACAUAAAUGAUUGGUCUAAGAGUACUAGGCAACUGAAACAAGAGAAGCUCUUUAGGUUUUCAGAAACCGAGAUCCUGACAAAGAAUGACGAAGAAAAGCUAAGAAAAAAAGAAAAUCUCAUUGGCUAUGGGACUUUGCAUUGUUACAACAGUCUUUGCCCUCCAUAUUCUAAGGUUCAGACAAAUUUGGGAAGCAACUGUUCCAAUGCUUCUAAUGAUCCUAAUUGUAUAAACCCUCCAACUAAUGUGUUAUCGGAUGAAUUCGGGAAACAAGAACCUAUAAAUUUUGAACGAACUGAAAAUGUUGCAACUAUAGAUAGGAUGAUAAGUGACAGGGUACCUUUACUUGAGACUGUCAAGUUUUCACGUGGUGAAUGCAAUGGAGACACUAAUUCGUAUUCUGGGGAACGGCCCAUGAGCAAGCCUGCAAAUAAUGUUUUGCAUAGUCAGGUUGUUCCUAUGCAAAGUAACAAAAAGUAUUCUGUUUCUCAAAAUGGAAAGGGGUCAAUUAUGCGUCACGUACCAAAUGUUUCACCUAAAGGCAGAAAUAGAAAUAUCUCUUUGGGAAAGGUGAAUAGUGUACUAAAAACUUCGAAAUGUACUGAAGCUGCUAAUGGAAUAAAUAAGGGUGUAGCUGGGGAAGAAUUUUCUAAAGUGAUCGUCAAUGGAAGUGGCACCAAGAUGAUGGAAGUACUUGCAACUGCUCAUAAGCCAGAUAUAAAGGAGAGGCUUAAUGGUGUAUAUGAAAGCGUUCUUGUUGUUGAUGGUGUAUCUGCAGCAAAGGAAGUUGUUUCAAUAAAGGAGAGGCUUAAUAGUGUAUAUGAAAGCGUUCUUGUUGUUGAUGGUGUAUCUGCAGCAAAGGAAGUUGUUUCAAUGCUUACUACCAAGUACAAGAAUCUGGUGCAUGCUUGCGAUACUGAGGUGGCCAAGAUUGAUGUGAAGCAAGAAACACCCGUUGACCAUGGUGAAAUAAUAUGCUUCAGUAUUUAUUCAGGACCGAAAGCAGAUUUUGGAAAUGGAAAGUCUUGCAUCUGGGUGGAUGUUCUUGAUGGUGGCGGUAAGGAAAUUUUGCUUCAAUUUGCACCAUUCUUCGAAGAUCCUUUGAUCAGAAAGGUCUGGCACAACUACAGCUUUGACAAUCACAUUAUUGAAAACUAUGGGAUUAAGAUUUCUGGCUUCCAUGCUGACACGAUGCACAUGGCACGGUUAUGGGAUUCAUCAAGGAGAAUGAAUGGUGGAUAUUCACUUGAAGCUCUUUCUUGUGAUACAAAGGUCAUGUCUGGGGCUAAAUUGGACCAGGAAAAAGAGUUGAUAGGUAAAGUGUCCAUGAAAACUAUCUUUGGCCGGAAGAAGAUGAAAAAGGAUGGAUCUGAAGGCAAACUUAUAGUCAUUCCCCCUGUUGAAGAACUUCAACGAGAAGAACGGAAACCAUGGGUAUCUUAUUCUGCAUUAGAUUCAAUAUGCACGCUGAAGCUUUAUGAGAGCUUGAAGAAAAAACUGUCUGACAUGCCUUGGGAGAGGGAUGGAGAAAGGAUUCCGGAUAAAACAAUGUUCAACUUUUAUGAAGAUUAUUGGAAACCAUUUGGUGAAGUUCUUGUCAGAAUGGAAACUGAGGGAAUGCUAGUUGAUAGGCCAUAUCUUGCUGAGAUAGAAAAAUUGGCCAAAGCAGAACACGAGGUUGCUGCUAACAGAUUUCGUAACUGGGCUUCAGAGUACUGCCCUGAUGCCAAGUACAUGAAUGUUGGAAGUGAUGCACAAGUGCGCCAAUUGCUCUUUGGUGGCACUUGUAACAGUAAGAACCCUGAAGAGUCUCUUCCAACUGAAAGGACAUUCAAAAUUCCGAACAGUGAAAAAGUCACUGAAGAAGGGAAGAAAACUCCCAGCAAGUUUCGGAAUAUUACUUUACGUCGCUUCAGUGAUGAGGCUCUCUCAACAGAAUUGUACACAGCAACUGGUUGGCCUUCAGUGAGUGGGGAUGCUCUGAAGAUCUUAGCAGGCAAGGUCUCUGCAGAAUUUGAUGACUUCACCGACGACCCUCAGUCUGACACUGAGGUUGUCAACGAUUUUGAGACAAUGCCUCAUGAAGAAAACAGAAGGCGUAUAGUUCAUGAAUGUGCAAAUAUGUCUGAUUAUGGAACUGCUUUAAAAGCAUUUAAAUUGAAGGAGGAGGGCAUGGAAGCCUGUCAUGCUAUUGCUGCUUUAUGCGAAAUCUGCUCUAUUGACUCGUUGAUAUCAAAUUUCAUCCUUCCCUUACAGGGAAGCAAUAUAUCUGGUAAGAAUGGGCGUGUCCAUUGUUCUCUAAACAUCAACACAGAAACUGGCCGCCUCUCCGCUCGGAGACCAAGUUUGCAGAAUCAACCGGCUCUGGAAAAGGACCGAUAUAAGAUCCGUCAGGCCUUUAUAGCUUCUCCUGGAAAUUCCCUCAUUGUUGCUGAUUAUGGCCAGCUGGAACUUAGGAUUCUUGCUCAUCUUGCCAAUUGUCAGAGCAUGCUGGACGCCUUUAAAGCUGGGGGAGAUUUCCAUUCAAGAACUGCAAUGAAUAUGUACCCUCAUAUUCGUAAAGCUGUGGAAGAAGGAAGCGUGCUUCUUGAGUGGGAUCCUCAACCUGGGGAAGAUAAACCUCCAGUUCCAUUGUUGAAGGAUGCCUUUGCUUCUGAAAGAAGGAAAGCUAAAAUGCUUAAUUUUUCCAUUGCAUAUGGCAAGACUCCUAUUGGCCUUUCCAAAGAUUGGAAGGUUACUGUGGAGGAAGCAAGUAAGACGGUUGACUUGUGGUAUAAUGAAAGAACAGAGGUUCGUAGAUGGCAAGAACUACGAAGGGAAGAGACUGAGAAGAAAUCAUGUGUUCGCACAUUGCUUGGACGAGCUCGUCAGUUUCCUUCAAUGAAGCAAGUUACUCGUGCCCAAAAAGGGCAUAUAGAAAGAGCUGCUAUUAACACGCCUGUGCAGGGUAGUGCUGCCGAUGUUGCCAUGUGUGCCAUGCUGGAAAUAUCUAAAAAUUCACGUUUGAGGGAACUUGGAUGGAGGCUGCUUUUGCAGGUUCAUGAUGAAGUGAUCUUGGAAGGACCAACUGAGUCAGCUGAGGUUGCUAAGGCCAUUGUUGUUGAUUGCAUGUCGAAACCCUUCAAUGGAAAGAAUAUUCUUAAAGUCGACCUUGCUGUGGAUGCCAAGUGUGCACAAAACUGGUAUUCUGCUAAAUAGAUAUAUACCAAAAUGAAUUUCUAACUAAACUAACCGACAUCCACAGCCAUCAGUCGUUCGACUCUAGAUGCCUUCUGAAGGUUGUGUAAAUUUAUGCUGGCUGAUGUGAAAUAUUGACCACUCACCCCUCCUUGAUGAUGACAUGAUGCUGGUGAUAAUUGUCCAGCCAAAUGGGAAAUGAUGAUUCCUAUUUCCUCAUCUGUGGGAAGGCAUUCUGAAAUUUAUGUGUCUAAAGGUAGGCUUGUGAUUGUGUGUAUAGCAAGGUUUUUGCUCUUUUUGAACUGUUGUCUAUGUAACUCAAUUCUCCAUGUCUAUGUACUCCAUGAAACGACUAUCAUUCGAAUUUCUAACUUUUUAGCCAAAGGCACGUCGUUAAGCAAA